GUCCCACUCAGAGUAAGGAAUUGAUACCCAAAAAAAAUCAUAAGAGGUUCUUACAAAUACCCAAGUCGCCUGGGAAGCAAAGCGUUCCUCCAUCUCUUCCUCCCACACUUCGUAAUUCUCUGUGUCUGAAAAUGGGAAGAGGGAAGUUCAAGGGCAAGCCCACUGGUCACCGCAACUUCUCUUCCCCGGCUGACAUAGCUGCCGGCACCUCUAGACGGCCUCGUACUUUCAAACGGGAAGAGGCAGAAGAAGAAGUAGAAGUAGAAGAAUUAGAGGAGGGGGUGGAAGAAGAACCUGAGAAGCGCAAAGGCACUGAGGGACUUAUUGAGAUUGAAAAUCCUAAUUUAGCAACAGUGAAGAAUGUGAAGGCCAAAGAUGUUGAUAUUGAAAGGAAAACUGAACUCUCCAGGCGGGAAAGGGAGGAAAUAGAGAAACAAAAGGCUCAUGAGCGAUAUAUGAGGCUACAGGAACAAGGGAAAACAGAACAAGCAAGAAAAGAUUUAGAACGACUAGCCAUUAUACGGCAACAGAGGGCUGAGGCUGCAAAAAAGCGUGAAGAGGAGAAGGCUGCCCGAGAACACAAGAAGGCAGAGGCACGCAAAUGAAGAGAUCUGAAGGAGAACUCUAACGACAUAUUUCCCUUCUCACAAAGUCACAACCCACCACCCCAUAAACAUCAAACUCUCUCUCAAUCAGUAUCUAAAACAGGGUUCUCAUCUCUUUGCAAGUUGAUCUUGCUUAUGAAAAUUUCACAUUCAUAUCAUGUAGAACAUACUUUUAUCUCGUGGACCAAGAACACCUCUAAGAUGUUUCUGUAUAAAGGGGUGAAAAACUGAUCUGAGGAUGUUAUUUGUGCAUGUAAACCAUUAUUAUAUUUCAAUUGGGGUACAAGGUUUUGCAAAUUGACGAGUUUAUGCAAGGAAUAUACUUUAUUGAUGUUCUACGU